CAUCUUUGGAGGCUCCUUUUCCCAUACAUGUUGUUCAAGCCCUUUGGUGCAAGGCCAUCCAAAUCCAUUAUUUGGCGAGGGAUGCCUUUGGGGCUGCUUAGGACGCUCGGUCGUUCAUUCCGAUGUCAAGAGUGCCACGUGAUGUGACAAGCCGUUGACACGUUGUUUGGAUGCCAGCCACCGCCUUUGUUCAAGUUCGCGUUCGACGCCAACCACCACGGCGGCUCCUCCCCCCUUCCAUCUGCUGUCUUGGUGCUGGCCGACAACGACAGAACGACAACGCUCACAUUCUAUAUCCUACUGUUUCCGUAAUUUUUUCUGGGUUUGUCGCGAAUUUCUCUAGUUCUGCACAGUCAUCAUGCCCGCAUCUGCUCCCGAGAGCCCACCCCGCGCGCCGCCCAUCAAGUAUCAUACGCCGUUGGGGACCAGAUGGCAGAAAGAAAAGGCUGCGGCGGGAACCGGUGCUUUUGACUACCCGGACGACGCGAAGUAUGUUGGACCCUGGAUCAUCGGCGAAUGCGUCGGCAAGGGCGCAAGCGGGCAUGUCAAGAUCGCGAAGCACCGACGGACUGGCCAGCUUGCCGCAGUCAAGAUCCUGCCUCUAGCUCCCUUUGUGAACUCCCGUGCCUCGCUCACCGCCCAGGCAAAGUCGGACAAGCAGCGCCUCGGAAUCGACAGGGAGAUUAUCAUGAUGAAGCUCAUGAAUCAUCCGAAUAUUAUGCGCAUUUAUGACGUCUACGAAGGCGAGAAGGAACUGUACCUGAUUCUGGAAUAUGUGGAAGGCGGCGAACUGUUCGACUUUCUGGUCAAUCGUGGCAAGCUUCCUCCACUCGAGGCUCUGGCAUACUUCAAGCAGAUUGUCUAUGGGCUCAACUAUGCGCACACGUUCUCUAUCAUCCACCGCGAUCUUAAGCCGGAGAACAUCCUCAUACACUCUUUGAAUCCACCUCUCAUCAAGAUUGCUGACUGGGGAAUGGCUGCCUUCGCUCCUCCUUCUCUCCAACUGGACACUAGUUGUGGCAGCCCUCACUAUGCCAGCCCUGAGAUCGUCAACGGGCACAAGUACUGCGGCACGGCGACCGACAUCUGGAGCUGCGGUGUGAUCUUGUUCGCGCUUCUGACUGGGCGACUUCCCUUCGACGAUAAGAACGUCAGGACUCUGCUGAGCAAGGUCAAGAUCGGCAAGUACGAGAUGCCAGCAUUUAUCGACCCUCUGGCCAAGGAUCUUUUGUUUCGGAUGCUCGUGGUCGACGUCUCGAAGCGUAUCACGAUGGCAGAAAUUCUGUCGCAUCCCUGGCUCGAAGGCCAGACGCCGGGGAUUACAUACGUGCCUGCGCCGCCUGUCUCGGAGUUGGCAAAGCCCCUUCCAUCGGCGCUACACAUCGACCGUGAUUUAUUUGAAUCGCUGUGCGUGAUUUGGGGACGCCACGCUGACAUCGAGGGCAUCAGGGCCGAUCUUUUGAGCCCGGCGGGGCAGGGCACGCUAGCGAAAGCCUUCUAUUUCCUCCUCCAGAAGCAUCGUGAGAAGGCAAUGGAGGAGCAUGGCAUCCUCAUGGACAUCGAUGAAGUUCUCAGCGCGAGCGGCAAGGUCGUCACAAAGCAGUAUGCUGCACCCCGGUCAAAGAAGGUUGCACAUCUCGAGCCCCAAGACCUCAACAUCCCAGCCGUACCACAGCACCAGUAUCUACGCUCUAACCGCGCAGCGCCAGUGCCUCCUUCGCGAAGCCCGUCUCCUAACACUCUUGUCAUUUCCACCGACAUAGCCAUGGAUAAGGCACCUGCCAGGGCACACCCUCCGUCUCCUAUUGGUCCGCGCCCACAGAGGCCUCGGCCGACUUCUGCAUUUAUCUCUCCAUCCGUGGACACGAGGAUCACUGCGGGACGGUCCACGUUCUCGACCCCCAGCGCAUUCCAAGUGGAUGCGAACCGUGCGUUCGUGCAGCCGUUCUCCGUACCAGGACACUCCGCUCAGGGACAGUCCCAAAGCAUCUUUACGUCGUAUCAACAACGCGGAAUCCCACCUCUGCCCACACGUCGGGGCUCCGCUCCGCCUCCUGCUACGUUCAACGUCCCGUCUGCUUCUUCAGGUAUGAGGGCUCCUUCUCGUGGCGGCUAUCGAGGUUCUAUGGCAGCUCCGUCCCUCUCCCCCGGAGUCAUACAUGCCCCCGUUCCUGUCCCGGCUACGGCCACUCCGAUACUUCCAAUGAUUACUGCCCCGAGGGUGCCGGAUGUUGAAUUGCAGAAGACGAUGAACCAGUACGCGAACAUGGUGAAUAUGCAGGUGGCCUCGUGGAAUGCAACACGCGCGCAGGUGCAAAGCCCGUCUGCCCAUGAGCGCGUCGACGAGCCGAUGGACAUUUCUGAGGACGCGCCAAUGCGCAACAUCGAUAUCUCGGAUGGCAAGGCGGAAGCGGAGAACAAAGAGAACUGGAAUGCGGCUGCUCCUGCUCGCAGACAUGCUCAUGCGGAUGCUGUUAACGGCCAUGGCGGUCUCGGCUUCGGCCAAUCUGUGCCGUUGGCGAAGGAACUCGGCAACGUUGUCUUCUUCAAUGAGCCUACUAGCAGCAAGGAGUACACGAAGAGGGAAAGGAAGAAUCGCCCUCCGGCGUUGGAUCUCCACGGAACUCCGAUUCUGCAGAAGAGGUCGACGUUCUCCAUUGUCGGGUCGCCCGGGCCCAUGUCUCCUCCCGCGUCGUUCAUCGGCUCGCCCGUGGUCGGCGAGUUCAAGGGCUGGUUCUCGAACUUGUUCCAUUGGAAGGUGCAGACGUACAUGCUGUACUCGGUCAACGACGUGCUUACGACGCGCAUCGAGACGAUGCGGCUGCUGGAGCAAUUUGGCGUGCUCGCGGUGCUGGACGAAGCGCACGGCUGGCAUGUGCUCAAGUGCCGUGCGGAGGACGGGCAGGAUGGAUCCAAGCAGGUGCGCUUCCGCGUUGAGUUCUCGUCGGUCGCUGGCCCAGGCGCAAGCGGCUUCCCACAGCCGGGUAUGACGCCGCGGCUGUCGCAAACGCCGAUGUCGCCGCACGCGAGCUCGUUCGGGCAGUCGCGGUUCAGGAUGGACAGGGCAUGUGGAUAUGAGACGGCGAUUGGGCUCGUGCUGGAGAAGGGCGCGGUGUCGGCGUUCAAGGCGAUCUAUCAACGGCUGAGGGGCGAGUGGAGACUGGACGCGCUGCAAUCGCCGCAUGGGAUGAUGGCGGCGAGCACGCAGAGCAUCGAGCAGCGAUUCAACGUGUGAGGCGCAUGCGGACUUGAUACACUAUUGUUCAGACAUUACUAUACCCACCACAGCUCACACAGUAUACCCAUGCAUGGACGCCUAUUAUCGGUCUAGCGCCCGAGUACACACUAUACCUGUCCCACAUACACGGAAUGCUCGAGUUGUGUGACAUCCUAGGAGACGUAUGGAAUGCAGCAGGUGUUUGUAUGAAAUGAGCGUGUAUAUAUAGCGUGACUAUUCUCGGCCGCGG